AGUUCUUCAGGCAUCAGAAGCAGACUUGACUUGACCUUGAAGGAUAUUGGGACCAUGGUUGUGGUGGCUGACUUCUCCCUGUCCUGCAGUUUCCCUACAAAGAUGAUUGAUUGCUUCACCAAUGGAACUAUGGCAGCUCUUGCUGUGAAAGUGGAAUCUGUCCCCAGCUUGUCUCCAAGUCAACUAACUCUAAGGGAUCCGAGUUGCCGGCCUCUUCAGUCUGAUGCUAUCAAUGCAGUUUUCUACUUCAAUGUCAACUCCUGUGGCACCACUAGAAGGUUUGACAACAACCUCCUGACUUAUGAGAAUGAAGUGCUGUUCACAUCUUACCGGUUGAGAGUUGCCUGUCACUAUCUGGUCAAUGACACCAAGGUAGUACAGUUCUUGUACCAGAAUAAUCCUGCACCUGUAGUCCAGCCUGGCUUGGGGGACCUUGCAGUCAACAUGCGGCUUGCAUUGGAUUCAACCUACAAUGACUUCUAUGGCGCUCGGGAUUACCCUGUUGUGAAGUACUUGCGAAGACCCUUGUAUUUUGAGGUAGAGCUCCUGUACAGCAGGGAUCCACAGGCUGAAUUGUUUUUGGAGAACUGCUGGGCAACCUAUUCUGCUGACAGGAAUAGCUCUCCAAAGUGGGAUGUUGUUGUCUAG